AUCAAGCAAUAUUAGUAGAACAAGAUGAUGUGGAAAUUGUGAUCACUAACGUUGUAAAUCCAGCUUCUUUCCUUAGUGGAACUCUGGAUGAACCAAUAACACAUGACUGUAUAGAAACAAUGGUGACCGUGUAUUCCAGUCGACCUGAUCUUAAGGAAGAACCUUUAGAAGAUGCUGAUGAAUCUUGGUAUACUGAUGGAAGCAGCUUUGUGAAACAAGGACAACAUAAAGCAGGGUAUGCCAUUACAACCACUCAACAGGUAAUCGAGUCCAAACCAUUACCCCCUGGGACGUCUGCCCAGAAAGCAGAGAUAAUUGCUCUUACGCGAGCACUGGAACUAGCAGCAGGAAGGAAAAUAAAUAUUUGGACCGAUUCUAAAUAUGCAUUCGGCGUGGUGCAUGCUCAUGGAGCGAUUUGGAAAGAACAAAUUUUAAAAUUGUUAGAGGUGGUAAAACAACCAGAAAAGGUAGCUAUCAUGCAUUGUCGGGGACACCAAAAGGGGAACGCCGAUUUUGAAAUUGGAAAUCGAUUGGCAGAUCAAGAGGCUAAGCAGGUAGCUGGAUUAACUGAAGUGAAGGCAUCAUCUUUGAUACCAGACGGUAAAGUUCAAACUAUAUACAUAAACCAAAAGCCAAAUUAUACAAAAGGAGAGUUAAAAUUAAUUGAAGAUUUGAAAGGUAAAAUGAAACCAGAUGGAUGGGUAUAUUUAAAAGAUAACCGAGUAGUAAUACCCUCUAAUUUGAUAUGGCCCACAGUUCUUACAGAACACAAUAAAACACACUGGGGAGCUGACACAUUGCAUAAGAGCCUGAGUCAGACAUUAGUGGGACGAAAUUUAUAUACAACGAUAAAACAAGUAGCUCAACAAUGUAGCAUUUGUUUACACAACAACCCCAAUACUAAGAAUAAAAUAAAAUUUGGAAAAAUUGGUAAAGGAAAUUAUCCGGGACAACAGUGGCAAAUUGAUUUUUCAGAACUCCCUAGAAAAGGGGGGUAUCGUUAUUUACUGGUUCUGACUGACACGUUUUCAGGAUGGCCCGAAGCCUUUUCCUGUCGAACAAACAAAGCAAGAGAAGUGGUUAAAGUCUUGUUAAAUGAAACAAUGCCAUUCUUUGAGAUUCCAGUAGCAAUGUCUUCUGAUAGAGGUUUACAUUUUUGUGCGCAAAUGGUACAACAGAUAAGAAAGAUUCUAAAGAUAGAUUGGCAACUACAUACUCCUUAUAGACCGCAGGCAAGUGGACAAGUAGAAAAAAAUGAACCAUUUAAUUAAACAACAAAUAGCUAAAAUCGGACAAGAAGCCAAUUUGUCAUGGCCUCAAUCCCUCCCUUUAGCAUUACUUAGAAUUAGAGUUAAACCUAGAGUAAAGGUCCCUUUGAAAUCUUAUACGGAAGGCCAUAUCAAUUUCUAUUUAGUAGAGAGGAUCUAAUGCAGUUAGGAUCAGAAUAUUUAUAUGCUUAUAUAACUGAACUUCAGAAACAAUUAAAUAAAGUACAUAAAUUUAUUUUAGGGACCAGGGCUAGAGGGUUGGAUCAACCAAUCCACCCCUUUAAGCCCGGGGAUUAUGUAUAU